UCCGUUUGUUUUGACUUCAAACAGAAUUCAGAAAUCCUUUUCCGGAAAAUAGCGUGUUUGGUAGGUUAGGAAAAUUAGGUCAAACUGAAAAUAUUUUCAGUUUGACCGUAAAAUAAGGCUUCUGGGACGGAAAACCAUUUCAGUCCUCAUUUUCACUUCAAACAUUUUCCAUUCUGCUCUCUCACACGCACUCGACACACACAGAACACACAGAGCUCUCCAAGCUUCGAUCCACACACCGAGCGACGAAGCUCCAAGCUCCGAGCUCCAAGCCCCGAUCCACACACCGAGCGAAGAAGCUCCAAGCUCCGAGCUCCAAGCCCCGAUCCCCACACCGAGCGAAGAAGCUCCAAGCUCCAAGCUUCGAUCCACACACCGACGAGCGAAGAAGCUCCAAGCUCCGAGCUCCAAGCCCCGAUCCACACACCGAGCGAAGAAGCUCCAAGCUCCGACCUCCAGGCCCCGAUCCACACACCGAGCUCCACCAUCUCCCUCACGCCAAACGCUCGAACCCAUCUCCCUCACGCAGCUGAUCCUCUCCACGCACGUAAUGUCAAAGGGGAAAGAAAAAGUUGGUGGCAGCAAGCAAUUUAGGUGGCUGCCACCUAUGCAUGAGAUGAUGCUAAAGAUACUUACAGAGGAGGCUGGAAAGGGCAAUAAGCCCUCUAAUACUUUUAGGGCCGGCUCCUUUGCUCUUGUAGCCAAGGAGAUAACGGCCCAUUUCGGGGUUGAGUGCCACCCUGUAUUUGUGGAGAACCGGAUGCGGACUCUAAGGUCCAUGUGGUCAACUAUUCAAGAGCUUAGAAGGAAGAGUGGAUUCGGUUGGGACGAAAAUCUGAAAAUGAUAACUUGUGACGCAAAAACAUACCAAGAAGAAGUUAUGGCACAUCGGAAGCAUGCCGAGUAUCUGAACAAAAAAAUUGAGUUUUAUGAUGAAUUAGCGAUUGUGGUGGGAAAGGACACAGCCACAGGUGGCUUUGCUAAGUCCGGAGUGGAUAUCGAAAAUGAGCCAGAUAAUGGGGAUAAUGGGGAUAGUGCAGAGUUUGUCGCAGAUAAUGUGGAGGAAUGUGUGGUUGAAAAGGGGAAGAACGCAAAUGAAUCAUCCACCACUGGGUCGGGAAUUUCCAAGUCCCGCAAAAGAGGGCGUGCAGCUUCUACUGUUGAUGAUAGUGUGCUGACUGAUCUAUCUAAUCAGCUGAAGGAAAUAGCUGGCGCUCUGAAAGAAAUUAAUCGGGGCCCGGUAGAUUAUACAACUUUGUAUAAUGAGGUAAUGGCUAUGAUGGCGGAGGGAUAUAGCGAAGAUAUGCUCGCUACUGCCUUCGACCAUCUUUGUGAGAAUGAGAAGACGGCACGUGGAUUUUUAGCCAAGAAUGCUAGGUUGAGGAAUCUAUGGUUAGAUGGUUAUUUUUUCUCACAAAUUUGAUUUGCUUAUUUCAUGUUGACUGUGAUGGUAGAUUUAGGAAUUAACUUAUGUUGUAGUAUUAAUAUUGACCUAUCAAUGUAUUAUAUAUGUACUCUUUUGUAUUAUUGGGACGAUAUAAUUGCCCAAAUUAUGUAUUUGUACUAUUCAGAUACCACAAAUAGGUAUCAUUUUUGUAUGCCAUUGAGGUGUAAUGCCAAUGGUGAACGAUUGAUGUGGCUGUUUUUAUAUAAAUAUUAUGGGUUUUUAUAUAAAUAUUAUGGGUAUAUUCGAAUGAUUAUGUUUGAUGUUAUAAUUUUCCGUAAAGUAUUGUUACAGAUAUGUAUAGGGAAUGCAGGUUCUUGAAUUUUAUCUAUAAGAGUAAAAUAUAGUUUCAAACUAGUUAUUUUUAAGCUCUAACUCCAGCUCGAUUAUGUUGAUCCAAAUUAUUUUCCGUAAAGUAUUUUCCGAACCAAACAUGGGAAAACGUUUUCCGUAAAGUAUUUUCCGUAAAGUAUUUUCCGUAAAAUAUUUGGACGAAUCAAACACCGGAAUUA